UCUUUGUCUUGAAUUGCUUUAUAAACGUAAGUUAGUAUUUUUUUAUUACUUUUUAAAAUUUAUUAUUAAUUUUAUUAACAACUUGCAACUGACAAAAAAAAAAAAAAAACUGACCGCACAUUCACUGUGGGUUAAAAGGGUUACAUAUGCAAAAAUUUUAAAAAGUUGAUAGUAAAUGAUGUAGACAAUUUAAUAGGCUAUAAAUUCCUAGUUUUAAAAUUAUCCUAUCUCUUAAACUGUUUGAGCCUAUUUAAUUAAGAUGAUAACAUGUUAUUUCUAGGGUUUUUAAUUUUUUCUUUUUUUUUCUUUUCACACUGUGGCAUAAUCAUAUCAAUAUUAAGAUUUACAUACAAUAAAAUUUUCAUGAUACAACUAUCCACUUCCCUGUGCCUUAAAGGCAGUUCAGUAUUUCCUCACACUCAUCCAUAUACAGGAUAGACAGCCCAACUUUGCAUUGCACCAGGUAUGACUAAUGAAGAACAACGGCAAAGUUACCAGAUGUAGUGACAGGAGUGACAAAAAGCACAAUGGGGCACACAAGUUUAUCUGAGAAAGUGCAACAUAAGCCUGCAGAGAUAAAAACAAGUUAUAGAAAACGGAACACAUUAGCGGAAACAGAAACAGAAACUAAAGAAAUUAUUACCGGUUACACUACUGCUACAACAACAACAACAACUACUACUACUACUACUACUACUACUACUACUACUACUACUACUACUACUACUACUACUACUACUACUACUACUGUUGCUGUUGCUGUUGCUGCUGCUUCUGCUGGCCGCCUGACUGAAGGCCUGCCAGCGUUAUCUAUAGCAUGAUAGCUGUUAUCAGGCUGUGGGAGGACGCCCUUAUCAGCUGUCCUGCAACCUUCAGUAGAAGUGAUUGAAGAGGUUACUCGGAAAAUGUGGUCAUAGCCUUGGCUUCACUGUAAAUAAACAAAAGGAUGACACGACACUUGCAGGAGGAAGAAGAGGAGGAAGUGGAAAACGAGGUGGUGGUGGUGGUGGUGGUUGACCUCCGUGAUGCUGAGCGGCGACUGGCCAGCGCCUCCCGCCACCACUCAGCGACUGUGCCCUGGCUGGUCUUGGCCAGGGUCUUUAAGGGAGGGCAUUUCAGGAGAUGACAUAGCAGUCUUUAACAGGCUGAACGAUUUACUACCCUCAGCCUUCCCCUCAGUCACGGCCUGUCAGGCCUCAUGUAGACCUAGAUAUCUGGUGACGAGGCGAGAGUGAGGCGAGAGUCGUCACUGAGGUAAGAGCGAGCGACACGUCCAGAGUGCUGCAGGAAGCGUUCAUCAUCGUGGCUGUCGUUCAAAAAGUCUUCUAGGGACUCAUUGCUCAUAUUUACUGUUUUAACCCAGGAAACAAGACAAAAUAAAACACGUAAGGUGAAAGAAGAAUGAAACAAGAAUGAAGAAAUGAAGAAGGAAAUAAAAAGUAGAAAGAAUAAAUGAGGGAAGAAGAUGAUAAACACGACAACAGGUAGCAAGAAGAGACGAGACGUGGCCGCCGAGGAGAACAACAAAAUCCGGUGAGUCAUCACAACACUAACAAAGCUUGAGAUUAGCACAAGAUUACAAGAAGAGGUACUCAGGUGACCAUCACUGAAUUAGUAUACGAGGGAAGCAGAGGUCACCGGAAGCAGAUGAUGUGGACAACACGGACAGCCGGCACACCAUAGGAACCGCCGCCUCCUUGUUCCUGAUUAGAAGAUGCGAUUACCAAAGCUACUCGAGAAUGAACCUUAGUGAAAGUUAAGGGAAAAUAAACUGUAUGAUCGAAGUAUGGGAAGAAAAAUAUAGUUACUUGAAAAUGGAUCUUGCGGAAAGUAUAGGAAAAUGAACUGUAUGAUCAAAGUAUGAGGAAAUAAAUAUACUUACUCGAAAAUUAACCUUAUUGAAAGUUACAGGAAAAUGAACUAAAUGAUCGAAAUAUUGGAAAAUAAAUGUUAUAACAACGGAAGCCUUGUUGGGGCAAAAGGUUGCUAUAACAUCACGUGUAUAUUACAAGGUGUAGGAGACGGGAAUAGACAGAAGCAGACAGAGAGACAAGCUAGACAGAGCUGUCAGACCAGAGAGGGUCAGGAUGGGCAUAAGGUGCCAGACAGUUGCAAUGCAGUCACAGUAAAAUGUUGGUGUUAUAUAUUGACAGAGAGGGAUUGGGUAGGUGUGGGAUGUGUUCCUCAUUGAAUAUUAGCUGCCAGGUUUGUGUAGGAUGUGAUUUAUCAGUGAGUAUUAAAUAUGUGAAAUGAUUUGAAUCGGAAGUGUAAUGUGAAGUGUUCCAGAUAUUUAAUGGUAUUUAUCUGAAGAGAGAUGAAACUAUUUUCGUAGAUUUUCGUUGUUGUCGGAAGUCGUAUAUGAUCGUCUGAGUGUAAAUAUAUGUAAAUGACACAAAUUAGGUAAAAAUUAUAGAAACUUAAAGCGUUCCCUUGAACCCACAAAAGCCAGUCUUAUAGAUUAGGGACGCACCAAUACCGCGCAACAUAGAAACACGACAUUACAGCGUGGCGGCGCCAGUGACAGUGAUGUGUGUUGCAUCACUCACAACAGACAGGACAGUAUCUCAUCAAUAAGAGGACCACACCUCGGUGAGGAGCAUUUGUCCCAUCACGGAUCUGAGAGGAGCAAGGAGGCGGAGUAUGAUCAGCGUUGUGGCAGCAACACAGAGGCAGGCAACCUGAAGGAAGGCCAGCAACACAGAGGCAGGCAGCCAAAAGUAAGGCCAGCAACACAGAGCCAGGCAGCCUGAAGCAAGGCCAGCAACACAGAGGCAGGCAGCCUGAAGGAAGGCCAGCAACACAGAGGCAGGCAGCCUGAAGCAAGGCCAGCAACACAGAGGCAGGCAGCCUGAAGCAAGGCCAGCAACACAGAGGCAGGCAGCCUGAAGGAAGGCCAGCAACACAGAGGCAGGCAGCCUGAAGGAAGGCCAGCAACACAGAGGCAGGCAGCCUGAAGGAAGGCCAGCAACACAGAGGCAGGCAGCCUGAAGGAAGGCCAGCAACACAGAGGCAGGCAGCCUGAAGGAAGGCCAGCAACACAGAAGGCAGCUUGAGCCAUGGAUGACAACGUGGAGGACUGUCCAGUGUGCCUCACCACCUUUGACGACACCCUCAGGCGGCCACGCACUCUGCCCUGUGGCCAUACAGUGUGCUCGCCGUGCAUUGACGGACUGAAGCAGCAGGGUGCCGUCACGUGCCCCACCUGCCGGGUGAGUCACGCCGUGCCCGAGGCGGACCAGUUCCCCAUCUCCUAUAUUACAGAGGGCCUUAUCAGGAGACUGAGAAGACUGGCCUCUCUGCCAGCCGAGCCAGGGAAGCAGGCAGCCCCACCAGUGACACGGCCUGCACCAAAGGCGACAACGGGACUCAGCAAGAGGGCACAGUCCCUGCUGCAGGAGCAAGAGGUGAAGGUCCUGGCUGCCAUCCGCUCCUGCCAGGAGGAGCAGAGCCAGCUGGCCGAGUACCUGACAACCCUCGGUGGCUGGAGCAGUCGCCAGCAGCGGCUGCAAGACGAGCUGCAGACGCUGGUGGACCAGAGCAAGAGUGCCCGGGAGGCGGUGCGCCGCGAGGAGUUCCGGGUGGAGGGCAGGCAGGAGGAGGUGCAGCAGAAGGAGCAGCAGCUGCACGCCGCGCUACAGUCGCUGCGCACGGCCGCAACACGGCAGGAAGCUUACGAGGUCAUUGAGGACACAGACCUUCUGGUGGAGAAGGACAGUCAGACAGAGGGGUGUCUGGGAGUGUUUCCCGACGUCCACGCCGUCACCACCGUCACCAAGGUGGCACAGGCAUCACGCGCAGCCCUGCAGGCUGCCACCGCUGCCGCUGCUGCCACACAGGCAGCCCUGGAGGCAGUGGGCACUGCUGCUGCAGCCUCGGGGGACUCCAGCCUCCCAGCAGCCUUGGCCGAGGCCUCCUCCAUCGCGGAUAGGCUGCAGGCCCUACUGGCGCCGCCCCUGACGGCCGAGGACCUGCACAGCCUAACACAGCGUGGCAGGGGCCUGGUGGAGGCUGGCCUUGUCUUCGCCGUCCACGACGUGGAGGGACAGACUCGGCACGCAAGGAUCAGCCUUGAAGACGGCAGCCUUUACCUCCACUCCCUGCAGGCCCAGGCCCUGCCGAACGUCACCGCCACCCUGCAGAUGGGGGAGGUGGUGCCGGCCGCCCCCCCCUGCGAGGUGUUCCUGGACCUGGCGUGGCCCGGCAGCGUGGCGCGGCGGGUGGUGGUGAGUCUACCCAAGGACACCCCCAGGGGCCGGCAGUUCAUGCUGCUGUGCUCGGGCCAGCGGGGCGCCUGCUACGCCAACACCAGGCUGUUUGAGGUGAUGGAUGAGGGACAGCCGGGGGAGUGUGUGGUGGGAGGAGACUACCAGACAGGUGAUGGGAGGGGAGGAGCCGCCCUGCUGCCUCACCUUGACCAGGGUGAGUACUGGCUGUCAGGCAAGGCGGGGGCUGUGUGGUGGUGGCCGUGGCGUGAUGACCCUGCCUGUGGUGCUCAGUUCAGCAUCAUCGCCCGGGACAGGCAGCGUGGUAGUAUUUGGUGUGGUGUCUUUGGCCAGGUGGUGCGGGGCCUGGAGGUGGUGCAGGAGGCAGCCCGGCACCGCCCCAUUACUGAGGUGACUGUGGUGCAGUGUGGCGUGGUGCUGUCACGGUAGUGCUGCACCACACCACACACCACACCACACCACACCACUACCAAUAUUAUUUUUUUUGUUAUUUUUUUUAAGAGGAAAGAAGCAAACACACACACACACACACACACACACACACACACACACACACACACACACACACACACACACACACACACACACACAUCACUGGUCCACACUGUCUCAUCUUGCUUCUCCUCAAUAACAUUAUUGUACAAACACAAAUCUUGCCUUUCAUUUU